AUGGCCUGGCAAUCCCAAUCGCCCACAGCUGGUAUUGGAAUGCCCACAGCAAUGGGUGACGGCCCAUCUAACGGUCACCCACAGGGGACCGAAUACACACUGCAGGGUGUGAUGCGAUUCUUGCAGACAGAAUGGCACCGACAUGAGCGCGACCGAAACGCCUGGGAAAUUGAACGCGCGGAGAUGAAGUCUCGAAUCGGUCAGCUGGAAGGAGAACUGCGAACUAGCAGGCGUCUCCAAGAGUCACUGGGAAAACACGUCCGAUUGAUGGAAACAGCGCUGAAGAGGGAACGAGAGAAGUCGAGGAAACUCUCUAACAACGAGAGUGUUGACGACAUCAAAGAUCCCAAGGAAAUCGCACGGGAGAGCGUGGAAUACUUGAAAGAGCAACGGUCGAACCCGGAUCCCAAUGCGACCCUUGACGACCUUAACUCGAGUGAAUUCCGCCAAGAAGACGAACGGGACAAAUCGCGCGUCUAUCUAGCCAAGUGUGCACAAGAAAUCGCAUAUCAUGUCAUUCCUACAUCUCACCCACCUCCUGACCUCAGCGACCUUGAUCUCUCAAACCACCUCUAUGCGAACCAACAACUGUCGCAGCAAAACUUGGAGGAGGCAUACCUUCAGCAGCAACGACAAAAGGCAAACCACAUGAUGGGACGGGAGGCGAUGGUCCAAAACCAUCAGUCUGUGGGUAACCAGUAUGCAGAAAAUGCAUCUCAGGCUCGAGCUCACAGCCAGUACGGUCAGGCUUCGGUGCCUCGAGAUGCUAUGGACCGACGACAGGUCGACACUCAACAACCCCCGGUGACAGCCAUCGAUAACCGAAAGCAAGCAUAUGAACAUGGCUUGAUUGAUGAACGCCCUGUGGACUCCCAGUCGGCAUACAAUACUCAAGGACCUCAGGUGGCUGUCAAGGAAGAGUUGCCGUCGCAAAGAGCUAACGAUGAUCAAAGAGCCGAGGAUAUGGACGGAUGGAACUUUGAUGAACCCACCGAAAACGAAGCAGUUAGCGAGCCCAUGCCUCCACACCGUCCGGAUACCGAUGCAUUCCCCAACGCCAACUUUGUCGCUGGCGGCAAAUCCCCAUCUCGGGGUGGGUCACUGUCACAUCGACGAAAGAGCUCUGGGUCUCGCCGCAAGAGUGAGGGAGCAACGGAUUCUCGGGACUUUGCCGCUGGUCUCGGCCAACAGGACACGAACUUCAAGGUUCGAUUUGCCCUUCGCGGACACCUGGACGUGAUCCGCUCUGUGAUAUUCACCGGCGGUGGCAGUCCAUCAGAGCCGGAAAUUUGUACAUGCAGUGACGACGGGACGAUUAAGCGAUGGAUUAUACCAGCAACCUAUGGCACAUUCGGAGCUCAUGGACCUAGCUCCAGCAACGAUUUGGACAUUACCAGCUAUUUCACCCACCGUGGUCAUGAGGGUGCUGUCACCUCGUUGGCUGCCUGUUCACCUGGUCAAAAUAUCUCCAAUGGGGGUCGUGCUCUGGGUGAUGGUUGGGUCUUUUCAGGUGGACAAGAUGCUAGCGUCCGCGUAUGGGAGCGUGGUCGGGUCGAUCCUAAGGCGACCUUGGACGGCCACACAGAAGCCGUGUGGGGACUCUGUGUGCUUCCUGGGACGGCAGGUUCUGUCUUCGGGGACUCAUGCAAUCACUACGGCGGUGCCGACCGUAUCCUACUGGCAUCCGGUGCUGCAGAUGGUCGCAUUCUGAUCUGGGCUGUCAGCGCCCCUCCCAUCGCACCGCAGGCAGGAUCACGACGGCAAGGUGGAAGCCGACGCGCCAACUCGAUCUCGUCCGGUUCUAAUUUCCCAUCCUCCCCACAACCUAGUGUUGCCUCAUCAACGCCAUUCCACCAUACCCUUGUUCAUCACAUCAUGCGCACCGACUCCCCCUCUCCAACAUGCAUCAGCCCCUUAUCUUUAGCGGGUGUCAACUUCGUGGUUUCCUACACCGAUGCGUCAAUACUCGUCUAUGAUACCCGAACGGGUGAGGAAAUUGUGGGAAUGGCCAGUCUUGAGACAUACGACGGGACACCCUCAACUGGUGUUAACUCAGUAGUUACCACUACCAUUGGAUUUGACGGGUCUGCUAAUUUGGAACCCAACCGUGCCAUGGAGGAGGAGGAAGUUGUUCAUGGAGCUACUGGUUCAAGCAGUGUGGAAGGUGUCAUUAUCAGUGGUUACGAAGAUCGAUAUAUCCGAUUCUUUGACGCGAACAGUGGUCAAUGUACGUACACCAUGCUAGCCCACCCAGCUGCAAUCGCUUCUCUCUCCCUGUCUCCGGACGGGCGUGAACUUGUUUCGGCUGGUCACGACGCCAGCCUGCGGUUUUGGAACCUUGAGAAGCGCAGCUGUACCCAGGAACUGACCAGCCACCGUUUAAUGCGUGGUGAAGGUGUCUGCGCUGUUGUCUGGAGUCGCGACGGACGCUGGGUCGUCAGUGGCGGUGGAGAUGGUGUGGUUAAGGUCUUCUCAAGAUAA